CUGGAAUGAUAUACUAUAUAAACAACAAACCAAAGUUCCACAGACAAAUAAAAAGCAAAAACAGAGCAACUCUCAGUGUUCUCCCAAACACUUCAAAACAAAACACACUCCCACAUGGGUUCUUUGCCUUCCCAAACUUUCUCCGUCGAAAUUACCGACAACCAUAUUCAUGCCGGCGCCGUUGCCGUUCCCGGAGCACAAACAUCUGAAUGGCUUCUCAAUUCUCCCAACCCUCCAACUUUCUGGGAACAAAUUGUCGGAGCCAUCAACGAAAAUGCCAUUCCUCGAAGUUGCAUAAAGAACCCCAACAAAAAGGUUUCUUCUUUAGGCUCUGGAAAACAGAGCAUUUUCAAAACCAUAGUUACCCUUUUGCAAAGAGUGUUCCCCAUCCUUAAAUUAGCUCGCAAUUACAAAGCUUCCAAGUUCAAAAACGACCUCAUGGCUGGUUUAACACUCGCCAGUCUUAGCAUCCCUCAAAGUAUUGGGUAUGCUAAUUUGGCGAAGCUUGAUCCGCAGUUUGGUCUAUAUACAAGUGUUGUUCCUCCUUUGAUUUAUGCAUUUAUGGGGAGUUCAAGAGAGAUCGCAAUUGGACCAGUAGCUGUAGUUUCAUUGCUUCUUUCAUCUAUGCUUCAAGAAAUUCAAGAUCCUGUUGCUGAUCCUGUUGCUUAUAGACGCCUUGUUUUCACUGUCACUUUGUUUGCUGGGAUUUUCCAAGCUUCAUUUGGACUCUUGAGAUUGGGUUUUCUUGUGGACUUUUUGUCUCAUGCUGCCAUUGUUGGGUUCAUGGCUGGAGCUGCCAUUCUCAUUGGUCUUCAACAAAUGAAAGGCUUGCUUGCAAUCAGCAAUUUCACUACCAAAACUGAUGUGGUUUCUGUUUUGGAAUCUGUUGUCAAAUCUGUUCAUCAGACAUGGUACCCUUUGAACAUUGUACUUGGCUGCUCCUUCCUAAUCUUUCUCCUUGUAGCCAGGUUCAUAGGGAGAAGGAAUAAGAAGCUGUUUUGGGUGUCAGCCAUUGCUCCUCUCAUAUCAGUAAUUCUUUCAACUUUGAUAGUGUUUGUUUCAAGAGCUGACAAACAUGGAGUCAAGAUCGUGAAGGAAGUGAAAGAAGGACUGAACCCAAUUUCCAUUCAUCAGCUUCAAUUGAAUAGCUCAACUGUUGGGUUAGCUGCAAAAUCUGGCCUCAUUGCUGCCGUUAUAGCUCUCACAGAAGCUAUUGCGGUAGGCCGUUCAUUUGCCUCGAUUAAAGGGUACAACAUUGAUGGCAACAAGGAGAUGAUAGCCAUUGGAUUCAUGAACAUAAUAGGCUCUUUAACGUCUUGUUACAUAGCAACUGGGUCAUUCUCAAGAACUGCAGUGAAUUAUAGUGCUGGAUGUGAAAGUGUAUUGUCAAAUAUAGUGAUGGCAAUAACAGUGAUGGUGACACUCCAAUUUUUUACUCGGUUUUUAUAUUUCACUCCAAUGGCAAUUUUGGCAUCAAUAAUUCUAUCAGCUCUUCCGGGUCUCGUUGACAUAAAUGAAGCUGUGCAUAUAUGGAAGGUUGACAAGCUCGACUUUCUUGCUUGUCUUGGAGCUUUCCUUGGUGUCUUGUUUCAUUCUGUGGAAUUUGGCCUCCUUGUCGCGGUUGGAAUUUCAUUUGCAAAGAUAUUGUUGAUUUCAAUAAGACCAGGGGCUGAAGAGGUGGGGAGGCUUCCAAGGAGUGACAUGUUUUGUAACAUGAAGCAAUUUCCAAUGGCCACCAAAACUCAAGGAUUCUCCAUUAUCAGAAUUAACUCUCCCUUGCUUUGUUUUGCCAAUGCCAGUUUCAUUAGGGACAGGAUAAUGAGAUUAGUGGAAGAAGAUGAAGAUGGUGAUGGUAUUGAAGAAAAAACAAUAAAAGAUCAUCCCAAACAACUAGUUGUUGACAUGUGCAAUGUUAUGAGUAUCGAUACAUCAGGAGUCAUUGUUUUAGAGGAGCUUCACAAAAGGUUGUUGUUACACGGCAUACAACUAUCAAUAGCAAGUCCAAAAUGGGAAGUGAUCCACAAACUAAAAAAAACCAAGUUUGUUGAAAAAAUUGAAGGAAGGGUUUUCAUAUCGGUAGGUGAAGCUGUGGAUUCUUGCACUGGAAAUGCAUCCAAAUUUCCUUCUCCCUAACCAAAGUCGUUGUGAAUUGAUUUGCUGCAUGGAAAGAGAAUUAAUAUGUAUAUGUUUAUAAGUUAUAUAUAUUACUAUAUAUACUUUUGUAUUAAUAUGUUUCAGAUCUGAUAUAUUUAAUUUAUUGCAAAUUUGAGUUUGGGCAUGAGACA